GGCAGCCAGACGCUACUGGGAUAUUCUUCUUCUCGCCUCCUCUCCGCCGCCAGCGAAAAUGUUCGCGGUUCGCCGCCACGCCGCCUCCACCUCCGCUCCACUCCUCCGCCGCCGCCUCACCGCCCAGCCCAAUCCCAUGCCCCCUCCGCCUACUCCACCGACGCUUUCCAACGAUGGCGCGUGGGCCUGGGCCGAGCGCGCGGCCAAGCUCUCCCUGCUGGGGUUCACCGGCGCCGCCACCGCCUGUGCCGUCAGCGACACCUCCGUCUUCCUCGACCGCACCAGGGUGGAGUAUGUUUCCAACAAGGUAAUGGAGAUUGCUGCUCAGAACCAGCAGGUAGCGAGCGCGAUCGGCGGGCCUAUGACGCCCAGGUUCUGGCACAGCAUUUCCGUUGCCUGGAAGUGGAACCUCGCGAGGCAUUACCUCUCCGGCACUCUCCAGGUAUCCGGGCCACAAGGAGACGGCCUUCUUACCUUCCAGGCGGUUCGCUCCAGAGAUAAAUCCUGGUUCCGGUUUCUACGGUACAGCGACUGGGAGAUACCCAUAAUGGAUGCCAUCCUUGAUGUUCCUACUGAAGAUGGGAAGCACCAAACAGUAAGCGUAAGGAUUCCAGACAACAUGACUGCUCCACCACCUCAAGAGAAGACACGCUGUUUUUUCAUUACUCAGAACAUAAGUAUUACAGCCUCUAUUCAUAAAUAUAAGACGUUUUGUCAGUUCAAUUUAAACUGCCAAAAUGUGUUAUACUUAAAAACAGAGGUAGCUAGUACUAGAUAAGUAGUCCACAUAAUUGAUGGAGACCAAAGUAAGUGGGAUGUAAUGAAAGCUCAAAUUCUUUUGGAGGUUCAUUAUUCAUAGUAUCUUUUACUGGUUGUGGCGCCUGUGAUGCAUACUUUGUACCA